GUGUAACACUGUAGAUAUUCCGGCGUAAGUACACAAACAUUCGUGUCGUUGCAGGAGUUGGCUCGUUCUUCGCUUUCUGAAAAAUAGCCUACCGCAUGUCUAACUCAGCAGAAAUGUCUUCAGUCCAAACCUUGAGGACGUUUGUGAACCAGCGACUGACUGCGGCUGCUGAGGAGAUAUGUGGAGUGUUUGAACAGACUUUACUUGUGUACGAGGAGGAGAUCGAGCGUCAGCGCAGACUGCUGGACGUCGUCCUGAAACCGGAGAUCAGACUACACCGAAUAGAUCAUCCACAGCCACCUGUGUGUAAGCAGGAGCCUCUCCUUGACGAGCAGCACUGCAAGCUGGAGGACAACUCCAGUCUGAGUCUAGAGGUCCCACAGAUUAAAGAGGAACAGGACGAACUCUGCACUGGUAGAGAAAGAGAGCAGCCUUUAGUGCAGGAGGAGGAGGAUGUCUUCAGGUUGACUCCUGAUGGAAGUGACCACAGUGACCAUCAGUCUCAGCAUUCAGAGCUUUGCCAGACUUGGAGUGCAGAAGAAGAAGAGCCUGUAGGCAAUAUCUCAUUUAAAUUGACUCAAUCUGAAGCUGAUGGAGAGGGCUCCGGAGUUUCAAACAGUGAGAGACGGUUUCGCUCUCACAGCCAUCGCGUUGCUGAGAGUGAAGGUUCCAAACCAUCCAGCUGUGGGAGCGCAGGAUCAGCUCAGAGCACUGAGCCACAACAACAAAGCAGAGCUCCCGAGCUUGAUAGCUGCAGUAAAGAGUUUUCUGACAUGAAGAAGUUGCAGACUUACCCGGGAAACCACACUAGCAAAGAGUUCCUCAGAUGCAGAGUUUGUGGGAAAGGAUUCAAAGUUCUUUCAGUGUUUGAAGAGCAUUUUAGAAUCCACACAGGUGAGAAACCUUACAUCUGUAUCCGAUGUGGGAAGGAGUUUAGGUGCUAUUCAGGUUUCGCCAGACAUCGCAAAACACACACAGGGGAGAAACCUCACAAAUGUCUUUUGUGCAGAAAGAGAUUUACUUCCAGCUACUUGUUAAAAAUCCACACUGGAAUCCACACAAAGCCUUUUUCCUGUGGCACUUGUGGGAAGGUUUUCUCUUUCAAAGGCAACUUGAAAAAACACAUGAGGAUACAUACAGGAGAGAGACCAUACAGCUGCACCACCUGUGAUAAAAAAUUUACCUGUCCCUCACACCUGAAAAGACACAUGUUGAUACAUACAGGAGAGAAACCAUACAGCUGCACCACCUGUGAGAAAAAAUUUGUCUGCCGCUCAGACCUGCAAAGACACAACUCGAUACAUACAGUGAAGAGACCAUACAGCUGCACCACCUGUGAUAACACAUUUACCUGCUCCUUACACCUGAAAAUUCACAUGAUGACGCAUACAGGGGAGAGACCAUACAGCUGCACCACCUGUGAUAAAACAUUUAUCCGCCACUCACACCUGAAAGCACACAUGAUGACGCAUACAGGAGAGAAACCAUACAGCUGCACCACCUGUGAUAAAACAUUUAUCCUCCACUCACUCCUGAAAAGACACAUGAUGAUACAUACAGGGGAGAGACCAUACAGCUGCACCACCUGUGAUAAAACAUAUACCUGUACCUCACACCUGAAAGCACAUAUGAUGACGCAUACAGGGGAGAGACCAUACAGCUGCACCACCUGUGAUAAAACAUUUAUCCGCCACUCACACCUGAAAACACACAUGAUGAUCCAUACAGGAGAGAAACCAUACAGCUGCACCACCUGUGAUAAAACAUUUAUCCUCCGCUCACUCCUGAAAAGACACAUGUUGACACAUAAAGGAGAGAGACCAUAAAGAUUUCUCUACAGCUCAAAACUAAAGAAUCACAUCGUUGUUUAUAGUGGUGCUGCUAGUACCAGUAUUUAAAAAAGUGUUUCAGUACUUUAUAUACGACGUGCUACUAAAUUAGAGCUUUUCCAGGAUCUGUACAUGUGUACUGCUGUAUGAUAUCUGGUUGAUUCAUAUUUCUAUCACAAACUUCACCCACUGAAAAGCUUGUUUAUUUGCAUACAGACGAUUUUUUUGCCUUAGUCUCAUAAACUUUUUCUCCAUAUGUGCAUAAAAUUAUCUUUUUUAUUCUUUUUCUCUCAGGCCAUUUGGUUUUGGUUGUAGCAUGAGAAACAUGUCAAAUUGUGUGUCCGGAAAGGCAUUUGGCAACUUUGAUUUUGAUUUUGAUUUUUUUUUUUUUUUUUUAAGCCUCCUCUCUCUCCCCUUCCCCAGAAAUACACUUCACAGCAGUAUGGUGGGCAGGAUAGAACAAACGUUGCUUAGCUUUUUGCAUGCAGCUAAAUAAUUAACUUAGACCAAUGUGGUGGAUUUUAUUAUGUUUCUUAUCAAAUUCUGUUUUUGUUUCAGAGCAAGUUAAUUUUGGGUUUGUGCCAUCACUUUUUUCCACAAAUGUUGUGUUCACUCGCUUUAUGGAUUCCUUCAUUGUGAAUUUUCAGGAAUUCAGGGGCAGAGGUCCUCUUAUAGAAAGUCUGAUAAACAGCAGGAGGAGCUUGAAUCUAGCAUGAAUUUUCCAAACACAGUUUGGAAAAGAGCUGAAAACAGCAACGUGGCUUUUCUAUAUUCCAGUUUACGUUGGUUUAUAUCAUUAAACCUUAAAAAGUGACCACAAAGCCCACAUUUGUUUCAAAAUUGUUCCCAGGUUGUCAAGUUGCACAGCAUGUAUUUAUAAUUUUUGAUGGUUUUUCAUGUUUGUCACACCAAAGUCAGAAAUGCUGUGUCACUGUAAAGUAGACCAGUGUUAUUGUCAUUUAUUAACUUUUUGUAUUUUUAUUUAUUAUUAUUUUUUUUUUAAUGUGACAAACCCAGGGCUGUAGUCCUGGGGAGAUCUGGCCUUCACAAGUUGUCAGUUCUUAAUGAAUUGUCGUCAUGUUUUAACUGAUGACCAUUAAAAACAUCUUG